GUUCUCUUAUCUGCAAAACUAGAGACUGUUGUCUAAGCGAACCAACAAAAAGUCUUUUCUUCUUUAAUCAAAUCAAUGGCUGCUUCGUCUUCAAUGCAAAUGGUUCACACUUCCCGCUCCGUUUCCCAGAUUGGGUUCGGUGUUAAGUCGCAAUUAGUUUCCGCAAAUCGAACAUCUCAAUCAGUUUGCUUUGGAGCUCGUUCCUCUGGAAUUGCAUUGUCUUCGAGAUUGCACUAUGCAUCAAGUUUCCCUCUCAAGCAAUUUUCCGGAGUCUGUGCCACCACCAAGCACCAGAGAACCGCUUGUGUUAAAGCCAUGGCGGCUGAGGAAGAAGAAGUCAUAGAACCUCAGGCUAAAGUGACAAACAAGGUCUACUUUGAUGUGGAAAUUGGAGGUGAAGUCGCUGGAAGAAUUGUGAUGGGUCUCUUUGGAGAUGUUGUGCCUAAAACCGUUGAGAACUUCCGUGUCUUGUGUACUGGUGAGAAAAAGUACGGGUACAAGGGUUCCUCUUUCCAUCGUAUUAUUAAGGAUUUCAUGAUCCAAGGAGGUGAUUUCACUGAGGGAAAUGGUACUGGAGGUAUUAGUAUCUACGGUGCCAAGUUCGAAGAUGAAAACUUCACCCUGAAGCAUACUGGACCUGGAAUCUUGAGCAUGGCAAACGCUGGUCCUAAUACUAAUGGAAGCCAGUUUUUUAUUUGCACUGUCAAGACCCCAUGGUUAGAUAACAAGCAUGUUGUGUUUGGGCAAGUGAUUGAAGGUAUGAAGCUUGUGAGGACUCUUGAGUCUCAGGAGACACGCGCCAUGGAUGUUCCCAAGAAAGGUUGUAGAAUCUAUGCCUGCGGAGAGCUCCCGAUGGAAGCUUGAUUAUCAUUAUUGACCACUGCAUUGUCAUUGUGAUCUUUGUUCUGUUUUUUUGUUUUUGCUAUUAUGACUGUUGAGGAAUCCAAACCAUCAAAAAGCCAAAGAUUUUUAAAUUCUGGUCUUUUGUUUCUU